UCGAGCGCUUUAACGUUUAAUGUUUCUGUAAACAUUUCAUAUACUUUUUUGUUCGAGGUUAUUCUUUCGAUUGGAACUUUUCCUGCAAUGAUGUCAGAACAUCAUUUUUGCGUGUUUAAAUUCUUGCUUAUAUGUCAUAAUUUCUUCUUGUUUGAGUAAAUGAUUUUUUUGGUGCAAAUUAUAAAGGGCUUGAGAAAAAUCGACACAUUAUUAUUUAUUUAAUAAAGUGAAAACGUAAAGAAAUGACUAAGUGAAUUAAAGAGAAAAUUGUACUUUAUUUUAAAAUGGAAUCUUGCGCUAUUCCAUCGUGUGUGAAUUAUAAUCGUUUAGUUACAGAUGUGGGUUUAUAUCCGUUACCUGAGGAUAGAAAUGCAAGAAUUUUAUGGAUGCAGGCAUUUUGCUUAAAGGAAAUUAAGAAUCCUUCAAAGUUUAAAGAAAUAAAGGUGUGUGGAGAACAUUUCUGGAGCAGAAGAAGCAAUUCGAAUGUUGGUGGUCCCCUAAGUGGACCACAACUUGGGAUGCCCACAAAUCCUUCACAGAAAACAAAUGCGUUAGUCAAGCAAGUAAAAUCUAGAUUACCACCAAAUUAUGCUGUUCGGGUGGUAGGAGUAUUCAGUGCGCCUGUUAAUAAGAAUACACCAUCACCACAAGGGACAGAUCUGAUACAGUCUGCGCCGAACAUUAUUUCAGUGAAUUCAGAAGUAUCUGAACAAAGAUCAGCCGCUACCUCAAGAAAUAAUACUGUAGUAAGUGGGAUAACUGUCAGUGGAUGCACACUAAAAUCGCCCAAUGUGUUAAGUACAGUAAGUAAUACGUCAGAGUGUGCAUACAGUGCAGACAUAUUCAAUAGUGAUAAAGUGAUUCAUAAUGUUUCUUCAAAUGUGGGCAAAAGUCUGUGCGAUAUAGAUCUUGAUUUAGAAUGUGAGGAAGAGGAUCUCAGUGCUGCUCAAGAAAGCGCACUUAAUCAAGAAUGGCUGGGCUGGCUAUCAGCCAAUAAAAGUUUAUCUGAAUCAUCAGCUGAAAAUGAGUCAAAAUUGUCUGUUAAAAACUUCUCUGAACCAGUCGCUGAGAACUUGUCAAAAUCAGAUUCAACCAUUGAGGGUAGUUAUGAAUUUAUCACUGAAAAUAAUGAAUCUGUGUUACCAGGUUCUGCCCAGUCAGGGUUACCAUUUGGUAACAGUAUAAAAUUGCCAGAUGUUAUUCCAUUGUCCUGUAUUCCUGCAGUUAAUCCCGUUUUAUCUGGAACAGUACCUUACAAGGAACCAUUGUUAAAUCCAAGCACAUUUGUAGCAUCUUCAGCAAAUGUUGUAUCUGCACCUACAUUUGUUACACCAGCAUCAAAUAUAUUGCUUUUAGCUGCUCAAAAUGCACUGAUUCAACCUACUGUGCCUCCUCAUGGUAGUGCUCCAACGAUACUCAGUAGUGCCCCAACAAUACUCGGUAGUGCCCCAACAAUACUCGGUAGUGCCAUUAAUAACACCGAAUUGGCAAAUUAUCCAAAGAUGUCCAAAUUUCCUGUAAAUGAAAGUAUCGUCCCUAAUUUAGAAAUUGAUGAAGAAAAUAGCAGAGGAACUCCUAAUGCAGAUUUGAGUAAAGUUGUUGUUGUAUAUGAAACUUCAGAUGGGCCAACAGAUUCACCAUUAGUAAAAGAAAAUUCAGAUACCAGUGAAGUAUCUGCUGUUGAAGAAUCUAAUAUUGCUGAAGAUCCAGAAUGUGAGGAAAUUUUACCCAGUUUAAGUUCUACGACUGAAGGUUCUGAUGUAGGAAGAAAGAGAAGCUGUGAGAAUGAUGAAAACGAAGAACCACUAAGAAAAUUACAAAAAGUACUAACUAAAACAUAUUCAAAAUCUCAGAUGUCUUCUGUCCAAUCUCAGGAAUCUAGGACAUAUUCCAAAUUUAACACGACUUCUUUUGAAGCUCAAACACCUUCAUUCUUGUCUACAGGCCAGCAUAUGGCAUUUCCAACUAGAAAUUCAGAGGGAUUUUCUGAAAGACAGAAUGAAAACGAAAUACUUCCGAGUGAUCUUAGAACUCAAGUAUCUUCAACAUUAGCUGUAAAUGUACCUCAAAUGUCAACUUUAACUCAGUUUGGUUUGAAAACACCUGAGCUACCUCAGAUGUCUUCAAACCAAAGCAACAUAGCUCACACGCAAAAAGGCACAGAUGGUCCUGUUAUUCUUUCUGUUAUUGGUUCUGCUGAAGAUGCUUCUAGGGAAGAUGAAAUACAGAAAGUUCUGCAAGAAGACUCUCCAGGAGUUGAGACAAGUUGUGGCCUCAGGACAUCUACUGCUGUUCUUUCAUUGAACUAUUUAAGAGGAAUAGCAGCUCCUAAUUCUAUAUUUUCUAUGCAAAUAAAUAUUCCAGUCAUACCUGCCGGUGAUCAGUAUUUUAACACACGUAAUUUGUUGAAUAUUAAAUGUUAUGGCAUCAAUCUUCGACAAAAGUACUUUAAUGAAUUAAAGUCCAGAUUAAGAAAAACUGAUUUUGUAACAUCAUCUCUUUCGUGGUUACUGGAGAAAAACUAUUUGCCAAAGAAUCCACCUUGCAAUUUAUGUGGUGGGAAGGUUUUCACUUUAACCAAAGAUAAGAGGUUCUUUGAUGGUUUCUGUUGGCUGUGUGAUUCUUGCUCAUGUGCAGAGCCAGUAAAAAGGCCCAAGUUUUUCCAACAGUUUUUAUUUCUUUCAGUUGAGGAACUUCUUUUGCUAACUUUUCAUUGGGCAUGUCAGUCAGAUUUAGACACAAUAUUAGAAGAUAUUGACUUGGAUCUUUCAAAAAUCUGGUCAUAUUUUAAAGCUCUUCAGAAGUUAUGCAAAUAUGUUGUAGCUGGGAAAAAACUUGGAUUUCCAACUCAAAAUUAUAAGCAAGACAACAAAAUUGAAGUUUCUGUAGUCAAGUUAGGAAAUUUCUUUAUUUUAGGCGUGCAUGAUCGAGGAACAAAAAUAACAGGAUUAGAAGUGAUAAAUGUUGAUGAAGCAUGUUGUACAGAUCGCCAUUUACAUCUUAUAAGACAGGGGAUAUGUCCUGAUAGUAUAAUAAUAACUGAGAAAAGAAUUGAAUCUUCUUUUUUGCCAGAAGCCAGAAGUACUUGGUCUGCUGAUUCUCGCAUUAUGGAUCCAAAUGAUAUUCGCAACCAUAUUUUAAAUGUAAAAACAUAUCUAUGGACUAAUAUGAAGGCCAUGUUUGGAAAAUUUCGUCAUGAGGAACUAGAUAGAACAACAAUUCAGGGCUUUCUGUCAGAGUUGCAGUGGAGAGAAAUAUUUGGCAAAUGUGCAGAUUCUGCAUUUUGGUGCAUUAUGGAUCAAAUGAAUGCUUUUGAUGUUUCUGCUGAUUCCUCUGAGGUGAAAAAUAUGAAAGAUCAAUUAAGUCAGCAUUUAAAAGCGCAUUGGGGUGGAGCAUCUAAGGAAGACUCUUAUGAUACAACAAUGAAGAUAGGUGAUUUUUCAAAGGAACUGAACCCUAGGUUAAGUAAACGUUGGAGCCAAGGCAGAGAUGGAUCACUUAUAGAGUUGAGGCAAAAAAUAAGCGAGGUGGAUCAGAAUUUAAAAAAUAUACAAUCUAAAAAAGAGGUUCGAAGGUCUGCAAGUGCCACAAAUACUGAUGAAACAUGCAAGGAAAUUAAUUCAAAUGUUAGUAUGAAGAAAGAAUCUCUGUCAGUGAGGUCCAAUUCUGGUGGACUGAAAUGUAUGUAUCCGAGUGAAAUGAAAACUUAUGCAAAGGCAAAUAUUGCAUCAAAACUUUCAACAAAAAUAUAUGUGAAAGUACCAUUUCAGCUUGUACCUGAUAAACGAAUAGAGUUUGUGAAAAAAUUAGACAGUGAGUUUCAGAAUUGGCCAUCAUUUGGUAAUCCAAGUAUUGAAGUUUUGCAGAAAACUUUGCCAAGGAUGCCAAGAGUUUAUGUCAGAGAUCCUUCAAAAAGUUACACCUCACAAGACCAUGAAGCUUUAUAUUUAGAAAUCAGACUAAGGAAAGAAUGUUUUACAAGUAGUCCUGUCAGAUGGUUAGUGAAAAAAGGAUUUGUUAAAAAUAGAAUCCCAUGCGAUAAGUGCAAAGCUGACUUGGUUUUAAAAGAUAAUCCUAGUUAUAAAGAUGGAUCUGCUUGGAUAUGCCAAAAAUCAAUGUGUCACUUUCAAAAGGAAUUCACAAGACCUACUUUCUAUGCUAAAUUUGACUAUCCUAUUUCUUCUAUUUCUUUACUCAUCUACCACUGGGCAUGCCAGUCUGAUAUGAGAACUGUUAUGUCUGAAGUACCACUUCCAUUGUAUCAAAUUCUAAGUGUCUGGCAAUCAUUAAGAGAAGUAUGUUCUGCUAACAUGAAGGAACGGUUUGUGAAAUUUGGCGGAGAAAAAGAAAUCAUAGAAGUUGCUGUUGUACAGUAUGAAAAUAUUCUCAUUAUUGGAGCCAUGCAGAGGAAAACUAAAGCAGUGUAUAUGGGUGCUGUUCCAAAACAGUUUAAGGAUAAAAUAAAUCCUUUUAUUAAUCUUUUACCUUCAUGGGUACUUCCAAAAUCAAUCAUUGUUGUAAAAUCAUAUUAUAGCAUGGGUGGAAUGUAUACUGUAGUUUCUGCUGAUAGAAACAUCAUUGAUGCAGAUAAUCAUGGUUACCAUAUUUUAAAUGUUACGCAGUAUCUAGAAAAAACUGUAAAAUAUAUGCUUGGACAUAUAAAAGGAACUUUAUAUUCUGAUAUGAUACAGGUACACUUAAAUGAACUUAUGUGGCGUGAAAGAUUCGGAAAAACACCCCAAACUGCAUUUGCAAAUAUCAUCAAAGAAAUUUCUGCUCUUGAUCAAAAAGAUCCAUCUUCUGUUUUUCUGGAUAGUGAAAGUUUACCAUGGGCUUUACGUACUGGAGUAGUGUGUAUAGCUCCUGCAUAUGUUCAUGUAAAUAAGCUUUCUAAUGACGCAAUAAAAAGAUACACAGGUUUAUCAAUACGUGAGUUUCUCUCCAGUGCCAAAAAAAAUUCAGUUAUUCCCUCUGUGAAAGACAAAUCUAUAAAGAAAAACCUUCAGGAAGAUAACAUGAAUUUAGCCCCUCUACCUGAAGUUCUUAAGCCCUCUCUACCUGAAAUUGAGUCCUCUCUACCUGAAGUUCAGGUUGUUCUUGAGAAACUUGACCCAGAAUAUGUGAAAAAAAUUGUAACUAUCUCUUCAGGUAAUUCUAUGAUGAUUUUAUUUCUUUUCUUUUUAGUGUAUAUUACUUUUAACAUCAGAUAGACUUUUGAUCUCAAAUAUGCUACUAAAUCUUUAAAUAUCAGUUGAUAAAUUUAGUUUACUGUUACAGUAUACCCCGUUUAAUGUGAUCACAAAUAAUAUUAUCAUUCAGAUAUUAUUAUCAAAGUGUCAGACCCCCCACCCAUUUGUAUAUGAAAACAUGAAAAAUUCAUCACUUAAUUGUGAUUAGCAAGUUAAUUAAUGAAAAUCUGAAGUUGGUUAAUGCUAUUUAAAUAUUAUAGAAUGCAUUAUUUAAACUGAAAUUAUGUCACCAAGUGGAAGAUAAACUGCCAAAGGUUGAAAUAUAGUAGAGAUUGGCAAAAGACACAGUUCUGUCGCCAAGUAAAGGCUGAAGUUGCCAAGCAUCUUGAUUUUCAUUUGAGGGAACAUUAAGGUCAUGAAACCAUUUCUCAGAGAAGACAGUAAAGAAAUAUUUUAACCUUUUGAUGGUCAUGAACGUGCUCAGCUCACAUUCCAGUUAUGUACCGCAUUAGGCACAAACAAAUAUGUAAAUAAAAAAUUACAAAUCACAAUAAUAACACAAAUCACAACAAUAAUACAAAUUACAAUAAUAAAUUACAAAUCUAUGACUGACAGAUAACGUGUGUGUUUGAGAAGAAGGUAUUGCUGAAGGUUUAAGCAUGCUAAACUUUUAAUAAAUAAUAAAGUAAAAGUUGAAGAAUUAAAAACAUCUGCAAUUACAUGAAUUGUGAGAAAUUUAACACUUGGAUGGAUAUUUAUGGAAAACCUCAAGCUGUAGAUUCAGCGACAGAAGAUAUCUACUGGUCGCUAUCUGAAACAAAUCCAAGCACAUCAUGUGAUAAAAAUUUUCAAUAAGUUGCUGAUGAAAUUAGUGAAUUUUGUACAAAUGCCGAGAUGAGAGGUAUCGCAUGAGUAUCUAGAUUACGGGUACCACAUUCGUCAAAUAAUUUUCAGAAGCAUUAUGGACAUUGGUCAAAUAAUUUUCAGAAGCAUUAUGGACAGUUCGAAAAAUGAACUUUUGCAUAAGAAUUCAAUAUAUCUGACUGUUAACAAUUUUUUCCCUAAUUAAAAUGCUGUAAAUGUAAGGGUUUAUUUGUUUCUUGUUAUAUUUAAAGUAAAGUCAUUAAAUUCCAUCGCAUUAUCAGAAAAAUAUAUUUUUCAUCGCUUAAUGUUAUCGAAAUACCCAUGGACAAAUCUGAUUACAUUAAGCAGCACUUUUACUGUACAUGAACUCCUUGGCAAAUUUAAAAUAUUCAACCAUAAAGAAGGUUUUAAACUAAUCCAUUUAACAGAAUAAGGAUUUUGAUACUGAAGAUUAUUACAUUAAGCGGGAUGAUCUAUUGUUCAAGAUUUGUAACAUUAUUUAAAUAAGUAUAAAAAUCUGACAGCCUUAAUAAAUUAAUAGGCUUGUAAUGAUUUGUAAUGUAUUUACUAUAUUAUAUUGUAUGGUUAUUUGAUUUAUUAUUAUUUUUUUUUUAAAUUUUCUUUGAGAGAUUGUGCUAUGUUCAUUUU